AUGUCGCUCUUGGCUCUACCUCUCGAGCUCCUGCUCAUGAUCGUCGGUAAUCUCGAGUCCUCGGCCGAUCUCAACGCACUCAGUCAAGCAACAAAAAUCCUCUACCCCGCGGUGUCCGACAUCCUCUAUCGCAACAACAUCAAAAACGAAAAUUGCUCUGCGCUGUUCUGGGCAGCUCGAGAGGGCUCCACGGCAACCAUUGAGAGAUUGUUCAGUUACGGAGUUGACGUGGAUGCCCGUGAUGAAUACGAAGUUACGCCCUUGAUCUACGCCGCUAAAUACGGUCACAUUGCGGCGGCUGAUAGUCUUCUUCAACAUGGCGCCGACCUCACCAAGCAAACCAGUGUUUCGCCCCUUAGAACAUUUCGUCCCAGUGACGCAUACGGGCCUGCACUAUUCGAGGCCGCAAGAGAGGGCAGAGACGAGAUGGUGGAAUUUCUUCUGAACCAAGGAGCCGACAUCAACCAUCAGCGGAAGGGGGAUUUGGUAAUAUCGACCCUUGAGGCCGCUAUAAGUGGGGGCCACAGCUCAACAGUUCAGGUCUUGCUAGAUCGCGGCGCGGGGAUAGAGUCGCCGGGGUGGUAUGGGACGCCUCUCGUCGCAGCAGGAUAUUAUGGGUCUCCGGAUGUGACUCUGGUUUUGCUGCGGAACGGAGCCAACAUUGAAAAUUCAGACCGGAAUUGGGGGACAGCCCUGCAAACAGCAGCCGAAGAAAGGCAUAAGGAUGUUGUCCAACUGUUGAUUGAUUGGGGCGCAAAUGUCAACGCGCACGCUGGCACUUGGGGGACAGCGCUUGUAUCCGCGGAACAAGGAGCAUCACCUGCAAGCGAAGAUAUUAUGGAGCUGUUGAUUAGGCACGGUGCUGACCCUGCCCAAGUGACCGAGGAGUAUUGGGACAAAUAUCAUGCCGAUAGAGAAGCCGAAAAUGCCUCCGCGGCGUAG